CCAGAGCCGUGCUAACAUGGUUCCACACAGUCCAUACUAGAGAACACAAGGACCAGAUACAGUUGUCCAUUUCUGUGAACGUAAUGAACACCUCCAAACAUAGGCGCCAAAAUAAACAAACGAACAUUAUCCCACACACUACAUAGCGACAUAGGCCACGAGAGGAACAGAGCACAACCCCGAAGUCUUCCCACCCUUCACUGCAGUCAAGGUCGUCCUCCUCUCCCAGUUCUGACCCGCACCUUCCGCCACUCAAAAACUCCACUCCUUUGUACUUUUCCACCUCCUUCUUCUUAUUCCUUCCACAAUCCAUGGUACCUUUCUGCUCCCACUGAUUUCCCAUUAAUAUUAAACCCCCACCCAACUCAAUCCUUAAACCCAAAACCCAAAAUGAGUUUCUCUAACCUCACCCUGCUCCUCACCCUCGCCCUCCUCAUCUCAACCCUCACCGCCCCCUCCUCCGCCGCCACCUUCAACUGCACUACCCCCUCCGCCAAUUCCACCUGCCAAUCCCUCAUCGACUUCGCCCCCAUAAACGCCACUACUCUCAACGCCGUCAAGACCCUCUUCAACAUCACCCACCUCCGCACCUUACUCGGAGCCAACAACCUCCCCCUCUCGACCCGACCCAACGAACCCGUCACCGCCAACCAGAAGCUCCGAAUCCCCUUCUCCUGCCGCUGCUCCAACGGCUCCGGCGUCUCCUACCACCGCCCCCAGUACAUCGUCAAGGCCGGCGACGGCCUCGACUACAUAGCCACCAGCUUGUUCUCGCGCCUGGUCACGUACCAGGAGAUCGCCCGGGUCAAUGGCAUACCCGACCCGAAUAAGAUCGAGGUCGGGCAGAAGCUGUGGAUCCCACUGCCUUGUAGCUGCGACAAAGUGGACGGCGAGGAAGUAGUGCAUUACGGACACGUGGUGGACCCUGGGAGCACGGUGCAGGGGAUCGCCGAGGAGUAUGGGACCACCCAAGAGACGCUCCUUCGGAUCAAUGGGAUGCCUGACCCCAAUGAACUCGAGGCUGGUCAGGUCCUUGAUGUUCCUCUCAAAGCUUGUGCAUCGUCAGUACGAGAUGACUCGAUAGAUUCCCCGUUACUUGUUCCUAAUAACACCUAUGUCUUCACUGCUUUCAAUUGUGUGAAGUGCCAAUGUAGUUCUGCGAACAACUGGAAAUUACAAUGCGAGCCAUCAAAUCUUAAUUCGAAAUGCCCUUCGAUGCAAUGCCAAGAUUCAAAUCAAUUAUACAUUGGCAACACCACAUCUUCCUCCUCCUGCAAUCAAACAACUUGUGCCUAUAGGGGGUACGAUAACCAAACCAUUUUUACAGAUCUGGUAGCUCAGUCCACCUGUUCAACUCCUAGCAUCGCUUCAAAGAUGGGAUUACACAGCUGGAGUUGGAACUUCCUUUUCGUCUCAAUUCACUUGGCUCUUCUUUGUCUUCAUCUUCUAUGAUGAAAUAUCUGUGUAAGUUUGUACGAGAUUGUCCAGUUUUUGCUUGUGUUAGGAGGAUGAUGAAGCAGACUCAUAUGGUGCAAUUCUUCUGUACAUCCUUAAUGUACGAGUAUAUAUCAAAUUUGUGACCAAGCAUGCUUGAUCAUGCCUUCUGGAGAGUAGAUUUCCUCUUGUUAGGAAUCAAAUACAACCUUGUUUCAACCAUGCUUUGGACUCAUCUUGUAGCAAUGCCAUUUUUAAAUGUUAUCAUACAUUCUGUUCUGUA